UGGGCUCCUCCUCCACAGGCCCACGUGAGCGGUGGGGAAACGCAGGGGCGGCUUCUAGGUGCUGCCGCCGCCACCGCCACCACCGCCGCCGCCGCCUCGGAACCCGGGCCUGGGGGGCGGUGGGGCCGCGUAUGGAGCCCCCGCCCCCCGGAGCUAUUAACACCAGCUACGCCACCGCCACUGCAGCGCUACGCACAGCUUCUCAGCUCUGAGCUCUCUGCCCUCCAGGUAUCCCUGGGAUGGCGUGAGUGUUGCCCCAGCGAUGGACCCAUCUGUGACGCUGUGGCAGUUUCUGCUGCAGCUGCUGAGAGAGCAAGGCAAUGGCCACAUCAUCUCCUGGACCUCACGGGAUGGUGGUGAGUUCAAGCUGGUGGAUGCAGAGGAGGUAGCCCGGCUGUGGGGGCUGCGCAAGAACAAGACCAACAUGAAUUAUGACAAGCUCAGCCGGGCCUUGCGGUACUACUAUGACAAGAAUAUCAUCCGCAAGGUGAGCGGCCAGAAGUUUGUCUACAAGUUCGUGUCCUAUCCCGAGGUCGCAGGGUGCUCCACCGAAGACUGCCCGUCCCAGCCUGAGGUGUCUGUUGCCUCUGCCGUGGCAAAUGUGGCCCCUGCUGCUGUACAUGCCACCCCUGGGGACACCGCCUGUGGAAAGCCAGGCACACCCAAGGGUGCAGGGAUGGCAGGCCCAGGUGGUUUGGCACGCAGCAGCCGGAACGAGUACAUGCGCUCCGGUCUCUACUCUACCUUCACCAUUCAGUCUCUGCAGCCACAGCCACAGCCACCGCCACCAUCUCAUCUCCGAUCUGCCUCCGUGCUCCCCAGCACCACCCCUGGAGGAGCAUCAGCGCCCCCCUCCGGCAGCAGGAGCACUAGUCCAACCCCCUUGGAGGCCUGCCUAGAGGCUGAGGAGGCUGGCCUGCCUCUGCAGGUCAUCUUAACCCCGCCCGAGGUCCCGAACGUGAAAUCGGAAGAGCUCGACGUGGAGCCUGCUUUGGGCCGGCCACUGCCCCCAGAAGUCAAAGUGGAUGGGCCCAAGGAAGAGUUGGAAGGCGCGGGGGAGGCAGGGUUUGUGCCGGAAACCACCAAGGCUGAGCCGGAAGUCCCUCCCACAGAAGGCGGGCCGGCCCGGCUGCCCGCGGUCGUUAGGGAGACUGCGGCGCCGGCGGGUGGCCUGGCGACUUCUAGCCCUGAAAUUGCCCAGCCGCAGAAGGGCCGGAAGCCGCGGGACCUGGAGCUUCCACUCAGCCCAAGCCUGCUUGGUGGGCCGGGACCCGACCGGACCCCAGGCUCUGGAACUGGCUCUGGUCUGCAGGCACCGGGGCCAGCGCUGACGCCUUCUUUGCUACCUACUCAUACAUUGACCCCGGUGCUGCUGACUCCCAGCUCGCUGCCUCCCAGCAUUCACUUCUGGAGCACCCUGAGUCCCAUUGCACCCCGUAGCCCGGCCAAGCUCUCCUUCCAGUUUCCUUCCAGCGGCAGCGCCCAGGUGCACAUCCCUUCCAUCAGCGUGGAUGGCCUCUCGACCCCCGUGGUGCUCUCCCCAGGGCCUCAGAAGCCAUGACUUCCACCACCACCACCACCUCCUCCUCCUCCUCCUCCUCCUCCUCCUCCUCCUCCUCCACUACCACCUCCUCCACCACUACCACCCCCUUCUGGGGUCACUCCAUCCAUGCCCCUGAACUUCUCUCCAGCCAGCCAUCUCAAGGAGAAGCAUAAUUCAACUGACAGACUCAUGCUCUGGUUGUGGUGGGGUGGGGAUUCUUGGGAAGAAGGAUCUCGCACUAACUCUUCCACAAAACACACACAACUUCUGUCUUCUUUGUCAGUCCCCCAGUGGCCGCCCUGACACGUCUCCUACUUCAGUGGUAGGGGCGGUUUAUUUAUUUAUUUUUUGAAGGCCACUGGGAGGAGACUGGCCCAACCCUUUUAAGAGGGGUGGUUGAGACAUCUCCCCCAUGUCCCCACUUUUUUUCGCCAAGACAAGACAAUCAGGGUCUGGCUUGAGAUGGACAUUUCUUUAUUUAUUUCUCAGCCUACCCUUGGGGAGGUGAGGGAGCCCUGUCUCCAUUUUAGGAUGUGGGUAGAAGAGCUAGUUUUGUUUUAUUAUUCCUGGCCGUAUCUGGGAUCCAGGAAGAAUUUGUACCAUUUAAUGGUUUAGGAGUCUUGACCAAGCAAGAAUCACACCUUUGAAAUGGGAUUUUCCACCUCCUGAGCCUUUCUCUCAGCUUGUCCUAUUUUCAACCAACAUUGUGGCCAGGGAGGAAUGCCCCUUUGUCCUUCUGCCCCCUGAGAAGCCAUUCCUUUGUCUGCCAACCUCCCUGGGGUCCUGCGUGUUACCUCCCAAUGGAGGGUUUUUUUUGGGGGGUGGUCCCCGUCUGGGGGGCCCCUCCACCCAGUACUCCAGGUCUCCCUGUCUCCCACCCCUGCCAUUUUGAUAGUAUAAUCUAUUUUUAAAUGGGGCUUUUCAAUAGGGGAGAGGGAAGCAUCCCUUCCUAUAUCUGAUGGGGUGGGUGGGAAGGAAGGGAUUUUGGGGGGGGGGAUCUUCCUGUCACCCCCAAUUGUUUAUUUUUGAUACCAAACAUGUAUUUUCAGCUCCCUCCCAGCCCCCCAAUUUCCUGCGGGCGGGUACAAAGGACUCUAAGUGUCCCUGGAGUUGGGAGGGAGAAAUGGGGGACAUAAAGCCUGUCUUGUCUCAAUUCCAGGCUGGAGAGGGUGGGUUCAAAAAACUCCUGGGCUCACCUCCCAUCAGCACCAGCCCAGCCCAGGCCUGGGGACCUGGGGGUUGGUGAUUUGGGGGACGGUGCUACACUCGUCUCCACUGUUUGUUUUACUUCCCCAAAAUGGACCUUUUUUUUCUAAGAGUCCCAGAGAAUGGGGAAUUGUUCCUGUAAAUAUAUAUUUUUAAAGGUGUUGCUGAA